CCUCAUCUCUCAGACUGAUGUCUUCGACCAAUCCUCGACGCAGGGAACUGAAGUGUCCCCGCUGCCGGCAGCACGGCAUCAUCACCCCGCUGAGGAACCACCAGAGGUUGUGCCCGUUUCUCUGGUGCGACUGCUUGAAGUGUUUCCAGAUCUCUCUGAGGGACCGGGUCAGUUCUGCCCAGCGAAGGAGACGUGAGCCCCAGGAUCCGGAGCAGCGACCCGGUGCCCCCAGCACCCCGGCCGCGCCCAGAGAGGCUCCCCCCUCGGCCGCAUCUCCCGGACCCGCAGCGGCUCCGUGGAGCUCCGCCGACGCAGGAGUGGCCCUGGAUCUCCGCGCCAGAGCCCCCCGCAGAGAGGACCGUGUGACCCGGCAGGAGAGGAGAGAGGAGCGGCCCAUCGCUCCCACCGCAGCUAUCAAUGCUCAGGUCUCAAAUGAAACGGUGCAGAUUCCACCUCCUCCUUUCCAUCACUUCCCCUACAGGAUGCCAGCUCAUUACCCAGCAUCCUUUCCUCCACAUCCAAACUUCUACUUCUACCCCCUGUGGAUACCAUCUGUGCCUGCUGCCAUUUACAACUGCGGCCUCCCUGGACCAAACCCCCAUUGCACAUCUCCACCAGGGGCCGGACCUCUGGCUCUCUGCAGCCAGUUCCUCUUCAUCCCUUCACCUCCAGAGGUCCCCUACACUCCUCCACCCUUAGAGGCCAUGCUGACCCCUCUGUCAGAAGAACCUGAGCUCAUCAUAGAGGAGGUGGAUUAAAGAGUGAGUCUGUGACAAUAGGAGGCGGCGGAUCACAGACGACUUGUUUCCUGUUUGUUUAAAGCCCGGCACGUUCUGCUGAGUGUUCCCAUCAGUGUUCUGCACGCUGUUUCCUGUUAAUGUGCUGAUAAAGGCCGGACGCUUUGUUUGACUA